AUGGAGGAGAGGAGGGAUCAAUGUCAGUUGGAAGUAUCUCUAUGCAGUCAGGCUAUCGAUUAUGUCCAGCAGAGAUGGAUCAGACGUGAGAUUCUUUCAAUUCAGUACACUAAUAAGUGCUUGAACGGUCUGACGCCUUCCUUCUUAGCAUUGCAGCAUCCUAUUGAGGUCCCAACCGUGGAUCAUGUCUCCACCUCAGCAACUCCGAUGUCGCCUAACGAACCUUUCUCGAUCGAAAGUGUCCCGCUUUCGAACGCUCCAGCUGUCGAUCAUCUUGCUCAUGCCCCAGAACAACGAACCACAUGGGUCACCCCUUGUGUCCAAGAGGCCUUUAAUGAGGCACAUAAAGCGGAACUAGGCACUCAGGCUGGAUUGAUGGCAACAUAUCUCGAGAUUGAACGUUACCACUCUCACCACCGCAAUGCCAAUUUGGAGCUACUUUACUUACAGGCAAAGAUGCUUCGCGCCAAAGCUGAGGUGGAUGUUUUUGAACAGGCCAUCGAAAAUGCAUGUGCAUCCAACUACACUGACAGCGUGUUCUCCUCAAAUACUCAUGCCAUUGCAGCUUCAUCACGUCCAACUUUGUUCCAAACGAAUCUACCCAAGCAAGUGAAUAUCUACAAGGAAUGCAUUCCUGCCGGAUCAAUUAGCGAUCGCACUGACUCGACUUAUGGUAAUAGCCUUGUGUUUGUCACAGCCUCAAUGUGCACAUACUAUCUCCAUGUACUACCAAACUUGUACAUCAUCGAGUAA